AGUAAAUCAAUCGUUGUUGCUUGCGCCUUGUUUUUGUCUUUUUGUUGUGCCGUUGAAAAUUUAAAAAAAAAACUGGCUAGUUGUCGUUUUAUUUGAACAGAAUCGAACAAAAAAUGAGCUCUACACCACUUGAGGUAAUUUCACCGAAUCAGGAAUGCGUGGCUACCAUGUUGCGACCAUCACAACAGAGUAAUCCUUACGCUGGGUUCGAUCCGCAUGCGGGUGUCAGCUGGCUGUACCCUGUCGACUCUACAACACCGGAAUAUUUACCGUCGAUUACCGAAAAAGCUCUGCACUACAAUUCGCUGGUCGUUUUACCAAAUAAGUUUGAGAAAUCAUUUCUAGCAGCUGUAACAAUGUACAACAUCUACCGCUGGUAUCCUCUGGGAAAGGUUAUCUACGUGGCCCCGAAGCGAAGUUUUAUAGCGGAGCAAAUGGCUGCAUGCGAGAAUUUGGUGAAAUUUCCAACUGGUGAUUUAGUGGACAUGGUUUUCAAGCCGAACGAUCGUCUUCUGUAUUGGAUGUCGAAACGAAUUUUCUUUAUUACUUCCCACAUGCUUUUGUGCGAUAUCACCCGGGCUGGUGAAAAUCUACCCCUGGAGCAAACCAAACUAAUCGUCAUUGAUGAACCGCAGUUGGAAAGUCGAUUGCACGUCAAAAUUCUGCAACAACUUGCCGAACGCAAUGCAAAUUUUAGAGUUAUCUGCUUGUCGUUAACAUCCAGCAAGACUAUCGAUGCAGCUAUGCUUAAACAUUGGCUUAUUUCUAGUAUCGAACUACAAUGGGGUAAUCCGCUAGAAGCGCCAGAAGAUUGGUUGAUGAAUAAGAAAGAAAUAAGCAAUAUUGCGACGCCAGUUGGCAUCUCUCUGCAAAUGCUGCUUGAUGAGCUGCGUGAUAUUGGGCAGUGUUACACGAAGAAUUUGCACAAUUCAAAACUAUGCAAAGCUGAGUUUGAAACGAUAAACGUUCGGAUGGUUCGACAGCAACGGGACAAAUACGAAAAGGCUCUACUGACUGGAGUUCUGAGCAAAAAUCAUCACGAGUUAAUGUUGAAUUUUCAUCUGGCCGAGCGGACCCUGGUUGGUUAUAGCAUUUUGAAACGGGACGGUAUCAUUGCGAUACUGGAUUACUUCCACAAGGAUAUCGACAUAUUGGUACAGGGCCAGCAGAAGCUGGUUUCGUUUUUGGAUAAGUUACGGCAGGGUGUGUACAAUACACCGCAUCCAAAGUUUCGAACACUUGAAAAUUUUUUGCGGGAAUUUUUUAAGAGACGCCUUAACUCAAAGGUUCUAGUUGUGGUUGAAAGUAUAAGUUCCGCCUUGAUUGUUGCUGAUUGUCUUGGCAGAAUCCCAUCGUGUAAACACAAGGUGCUUAUGGGUGGAAACUACAUGCAAGAUGUACAAUCAUAUUGCAAUGGUGAAUUAGAUGUUUUGAUCGUGACGAUCGCGGCGGAGCCUGCCAUCAGCCUUUGCGCAACGGAUCUUAUUGUGCUAUUUAACGUAACAGAUAAUCCAAGAGAUUUUUUGGCCCACAUUGCCCGCACUCGUGGAGCAAAUCCCGGUGCCAUUGUAAUGUUGACAACCGAAGGAUCGGAGCAGCUUGCGGUGGAUGAAGUAAUCAGUACACGCCGCAAGUAUUUUUUCGAAAACCGUACCAUUCUACCGAUUGGAGUAGAUCUGUCCAACGAAAUGAUGCAAAGUUCGCCUUCUAUCAUCCCCCCGGGAUUUCAACCGAAGCGAAGACAUGCCGUUUUCAAUUUGAAGGCGGGAAACGAGGCGGUCGUGGAACUUGACGUCGAAUACCCGCUGAAUUCUUCGCAACCACAAGCUGGCGAGAAGCGAAAGAUCGUGGAAGUGCUUUCCGGAAAGCCAGCUGCCUACGAUUUAUCCAACGGUCAAGCGUUUUAUGAGGUUGUGCCAAUUAAGCAGCAAGCAAUUGCUUCAAUUCCGCCUCUUCUGUUGAGCGAGGAGUGUGCUGCGUCAUACGAAGUCGAAUGAAGCUUUGAAUUUCAGUUUAUUGAUUAUUAUUCUUUUGUUUCUGUUAAUUAGUAUUAGUACCUGUUAACGCCCGGAGGGUGUUUCAUAACCUUUUUUAUUCUAAACUGACUAUUUUCUUAUCUUUAUUUUCCUACACUU